CCCCGCGGCCAGCAGUGGUGCCCUUGCGGCCGGGGAAGGGGCGGGGCUUUCGGUUCUGCCGCGGGACCGAGUCCGGAGCGAGUCGCCAAGCCCCGCCCGCGGGGUGUCCCCAGCGCUCUGGCUGCCGCCCGCCGGCCUCAGCAUGGACGGCGCGCUCGCUGUGCCCGAGGAGGUCUUCAUCCUCCUGGCAGAUGUUCAUACAUUUAUUUCCCAAGUGUUAAAAGAAGAAAAUCUAUCAAACAAAGCAAAAGAAAAAAGGGAAAUUCUUCUUAAGAAGAUAAAAGAUGUUAUGGCAAGUUUUCCCAAGGAAUUCCAGGAUAAAGUCCUGGCAGACGGGGAUGAAUCUGGAGGCUCUUUUUCUUCGACUCCUGGUGAUGGGGACUCGGUAGCAUCUGACCAGGAUGAUAAAGAGGACGAAGCACUCCCUGAUGGGAAUCGGUUUGGUCCUGUUGCAGCUCAGGAUCUGCAGUUUGUUCUGAAGGCUGGAUACCUGGAAAAACGCAGGAAAGAGCACAGUUUUCUUGGCUUUGAAUGGCAGAAGCGUUGGUGUGUUAUCAGUAAGACGGUCUUCUAUUACUAUGGAAGUGACAAAGACAAACAACAGAAAGGUGAAUUUGCCUUAGAGGGCUACACCAUCAGAAUGAAUAAUAGCCUACGGAAGGAUUCGAAGAAAGAUUGCUGUUUUGAAAUCUUCGCUGCUGAUAAACGCAUUUAUCAGUUUACAGCUGCCACUCCCAAAGAAGCAGAGGAAUGGGUACAGCAAAUCAAAUUUGUAAUUCAAGAUAUGGAAUCUCAUACAAUUCCUGAGGAGGAGGUAGAGGAAGAAGAAUAUGAUGACGUUGGACAAGUGAGCAGCGAAUCAGUAGAUGAUAGCAUUUAUGAAGAAGUUAAAGAGAGCAAAAGUACCGAUUAUGCCCAUUUCUAUCAAGGCUUGUGGGACUGCACAGGAGAUUUCCCUGAUGAGUUGACAUUUAAACGUGGUGAUGUUAUCUACAUUCUCAGCAAGGAGUACGAUGAAUUUGGCUGGUGGGUAGGAGAAAUGAAGGGAACCAUUGGCUUAGUGCCUAAAGCCUACAUAAUGGAGAUGUAUGAUAUUUGAGAGGCCUGGGAGAAAUCUGCACAUGAAAUCAAGAGUGGUGUGCAGCUGCAGUUCUACAGACCUGGCCUCUGGAAGAAGAUCCAGCUGUAGGCGUUUUGUGUUUUCAGUGAAUGUAGUCAGAAUAUUGCCUUGUGUAUAUUAAACAUUAAAAAAUAUAGCUGAUCAUAACCCUGUGGAAAUGUUCUUAGCCACUUUUAUAGAAUUACAAUGCUAGGGAAUGAAACAGAUGACAACUAGCAUAUGGGGCACGAGCAAGCAAACAGUCAAAUUCUCUGAAAGAAAGCACACCUAUAGCAAUACAGAGCACAUUAGCAGCUCUCUGUCUAGCCAUAGAUAAUUUGACCACUUCUUCUUGUUCCUUAGAUUUAGAAGAAUUAAACUGAACUUUGAAAGUAGAAAACUAUUACUCAGUUCAUGCAUACAUUAAUGCAUUAACCUUUUAAUGCUCACUGUACAUUUUGUGCAGUUUCCUAGGAAGAUUAAGGGGAAUUUAUGUGUAAUAUUGCAAGUCUUCAGGGUAUUUUGCUCCUGAGUAUUUUGAUACUAUGUUUUAGCCAAUUAUUUAUUUUUCUUAUAUAUUUAGUGUUGUAUUGUUAAUUACUGUUCUAUUACUAUAACUAUAGUUAAUUACUGUUACUAUCACAAGCCUGCUCUAGGUGAACCUGCUUUAGCAAGGGAAUUGGACUACAUGGUCUCCAGAGGUCUUUUCCAGCCUCUACCAUUCUGUGUUCCUGUGAUUCUUGUGCUGGUGUAAUACAGCCUGUGUGGUAAUAAUGCCCUGGUAACCAUUAUGACUUGGAGAUAGAAAUUGUGUGAAAAUCUGGGGAAAAAAAGAUAAUAUAUUAAACCACACAAUUUUUGCUGAGUCAAAGAUGAGCUAAAUGUCAAGUUAGAAUGAUUUUUGUCUGUAGUGUGAAGUAUUUUAUCUGUACCUUACAGACACUUUCACAGAGCAAAAUCUGGAUACCUUGUUGAUAGGUAGAAUUUCUGAUGCAAGUUGUACAAUAGGGAUCUUCAAGUCUAUAUGGAUUAGUAACAGCUGCUGGGGCAGCCUUAGUGUCAAAUCUGCAACUUUAUGGCUGAAAACAUCAGUUGAAACUUAAACGUACACUAAAAUACUAUCACUUGUGGACAAGGGUUUGGGCAAGUCAGAGUUAAUACUUUAAAUACUCUUGGAGAUGCACUUUACUAUUAGCAUGCAAGAUCAACUUUUGUGAAUCCUCCCACACGCUUGAUUUGUGAGACCCUUCAUCUGCCAAAGAGGCAGGUCAAGCCAGUCUGCAAAUUGCUGAGCCUGUGCAGGUCCCCUUGUAGUUGCUUGUGCUGUUUAUGCUUCAGGCGGGUCCUGGAAACACUGUGGGUUAAAAGGUAAAGUUGGUCUGAGCUCAGAAUUAGUGAACUUCAGUAAACUAAGAUGUUGUGCUUUCUGUUACCUCGUGCCUCAAUACUCGACGGUACACUGGAUUCUAAUGGGAGUCAAACAGGGUACAGAGUUGUGCUGCAAUUUUUUAGGAAAGAGAUAGUCAUUGAAAUUGAUUCUGCAUGUUAUCAGCGAAGCAUUAAAAUGAUAGAUUAUAGUCUUCAGAUCUUUUACUACUUUAAUUUAUCAAGUGUACUUGUGGCUUGUGUACAGAAUGUGAAGCGUUAAUAUCACGUCUAGAAAAGCUCCUUCCUUCUUGUUAACCUGGCAGUGUAAUUAAUCUGCCCGCCAAAGUGGCCUUUUAUUAAUUAUGUAAUUCCCAGUCCCACCACCACCGACUUUUUGGGGACCAAGCGCCCCCUCCUCUCGUUCAGAUGACGCGCGUAGGCGCCAAACUUGACUUCGGGGCCGAGCCCGGUGCGCUUGUACGGAGCAGCCGGGCUGAAAGCAGGGGCAGCGGGCGGAGGCUGCGCACCGUCCUGCACUCUCCUGCGAGGCCAUACGCUGCCAUGCGAGGCUUUGCAUUAGUUUGCGCGGCCCGGCGUUGCUGUGCGCGGUUCUGCGCUGCACUGCGCGCCCGCGGCAGUAGGUGGCAGCAAAUUUUCACAGCACGGGCGGAGGCUCAGCCCCGUCUCUUUGCCCCGCUCUCGGGGCCCGGCGGCGCUUCUGCCGUUUCUCCAGCAGAGGGCGUCCUGACCCAAGCCAUGAGUCGCGACCCUGCCGCGCUUGCCCCUCCUGGGUGGUGGCAGCCAGGGAAAUAAAGUGUCUUUUGUCUCUACUUCUGCUUUAGGGCUUCCCUCCUCCUCGUAGCGCAUGGAAGGGAGGGGGGAAUAAACAAGCUGCCUUAAAAGUCAAAAUGUGAAAGAUGUCCUGAAGCACACUCAAAGUGUCUCGGAACGGACCAGGGAUGAAUUGUGUGCUUUAAAUCUGUAAAUGCCAUAACCUUUCCCCCUUUUUUUUUUUGGAUAAGAAAAGCUCUGUUAAUACUACCGAAACAAAACUCAAUGGUAGAAAACGCUGACUGCUUUAUUUUCAGUGUUGCACUUGCCUUUCUGUGAACAGUAAAGCCGCUACCUUUGUCAAAAGGUGAUUGCAAGUCCUAUUUUGCACGGUGUUGUACUCAGUUGUUUGCUGCAUCCUGGAUUUGUGCUGUACUGCCAUUAGAUCUUACAGUAAUGUUCUACUCUGCAAAUUUUUAAGGUUCAAAUAAAGUUUAAUUGUUUGCAAA